GCGAGUGACAUAGUUUUUUUACAAUGUAUCGUUAUUGUGUUUUAUUGAUCUUCGUUUGUAGCUAUGUGAUCUGUGAGGAUUGUGUUACUGUGGAUUUCGAAAAUGGCUUCGAGGAUUUCACUAGCAAUCACGGAGUGUGCCUUGGGCUUUCUCCGUGGGAUGUCAUACAAUACUCAUCUGUUGAUAUCGAUAGUCCUCAUGUAAAAAGUACUAGAUUAAUCACACCUCAAGCAGGCAUAAGUUGCGUGUCAUCGUUCAAGUUCACGGUCACUGCAGGUGGUAUAUUAGAAGUGAACGUAUAUAUGAUAUCAGGAUCACCAUUUGAUCAUAUAUCUGCUAGGGUGUUUCAGUCUACAGUCGGAACAGAAGAUGUUCUUAUUGGCACAGCUUUCCAUAUAUCAAAUUCUUAUCCGGACUGGGAAACUAUAAACAUGACCAUUCAUGGAAAUGGUAGCUUUGAGGGCUACGUUACAUUUCAAUCAUUAGCGCUAUCUACAAAUACGAUUAUUUGGAUAGACUCUUUUCGUUAUAUCGGACCAUCUUCUAACAAGGAUUCAUGCGUGAUAUAUGAAGAAGAUCAAAUCACUACAGCAAAACCUACUACGACCACAACAUCUACCACCGAAGCACCUAAUGAGGAUUGUGUAAUUGUGGAUUUCGAAUCUAACUUUGAGGAAGACUUCACGAAUGAUUAUGGAAUAUGCGUUGGUCUUUUCGCGUGGGAAGUCAAGAAUUACUCGUCUGUUGAUAUCGACAGUCCACAUUCAAGAAGUGCAAGGUUCAUCGUGCCGCAGCAAGGCUUGAGCUGCGUGUCAUCGUUCAAGUUCCCGAUGACUACAGGGGGCAGGUUACAAGUGAAUCUAUACAUGAUGUCAACAUCGCUAGUUGACCAACAGACUAUUACAGUAUUUCAGUCAAUUGUGGGAGGAAAUGAUAUCACUCUCAGUAGAGCUUUCCUCAAUAACAUGAGCUCGGAGUUUGUCCCGGGUUGGCAAACAAUAAACAUAACAGUCGAUGGGCCUGAGAGAUUUGAGGGAUAUAUAACGUUUCACGGAAUGUCUAUGUCACCAAAUCCAAUAAUUUGGAUAGAUUCAUUUCGUUACAUUGGACUUUCAUCUGACAAGGAUUCUUGCGUGAUAUAUGAAGAUGAAUCUAGCACUCAAGCUCCAACUACAACUACCACCGAAGCACCUUCCGAGGAUUGUGUGACUGAAGAUUUUGAGAAUAACUUCGAGGAUAACUUCACCAGUAAUAAUACAGAGUGCACUGGGUUCUUCACGUGGGAUAUCAAGCAAUACUCAUCUGUCGAUAUCGAUAGUCCUCAUCCAGAAAGUACAAGUUUUAUCACACCGCAGCCAGGCGUGAGCUGCGUGUCAUCGUUCAAGUUCCCGAUGACUACAGGGGGCAGGUUACAAGUGAAUCUAUACAUGAUGUCAACAUCGCUAGUUGACCAAUUGACUAUUAUAAUAUAUCAGUCAAUUCUCGGAGGAAACGAUAUCACAAUCAAUAGAGUUUUCCACAGCAACAUGAGCUCGGAGUUUGUCCCGGGUUGGCAAACAAUAAACAUGACAAUCGAUGGACCUGCUAGAUUUGAGGGAUAUGUAACGUUUAACGCGAUAUCUAGAUCACCAAAUCCAAUCAUUUGGAUAGAUUCGUUUCGUUACAUUGGACCGUCAUCUGACAAGGAUUCUUGCGUGAUAUAUGAAGGUGAAUCUGACGAAGCACCUAUCGAAGAUUGUGUGACUGAAGAUUUUGAAGAUAACUUCGAGGAUACCUUCACCAGUAACAAUACAGAGUGCACUGGGUUCUUCGCAUGGGAUAUCAAGCAAUACGCAUCUGUCGAUAUCAGUAGUCCUCAUCCAGAAAGUAGAAGUUUUAUCGUGCCGCAGCUAGGCUUUGGCUGCGUGUCAUCGUUCAAGUUCCCGAUGGCUACAGGGGGCAGGUUACAAGUGAAUCUAUACAUGAUGUCAACAUCGUUAGUUGACCAACUGUUUAUUACAGUGUUUCAGUCAAUUGUUGGAGGAAAUGAUAUCACAAUCGGUAGAGUUUUCCACAGCAACAUGAGCCCAGAGUUUGUCCCGGGUUGGCAAACAUUAAACAUGACAGUUGAUGGGCCUGCUAGAUUUGAUGGAUAUGUAAUGUUUCAAGCAACGUCUGGGUCACCAAAUCCAAUCAUUUGGAUAGAUUCGUUUCGUUAUAUUGGGCCGUCAUCUGACAAGGAUUCUUGCGUGAUAUAUGAAGAAGCACCUAUUGAUUGUGUAACUGAAGAUUUUGAAAAUAACUUCGAAGAUAACUUCACCAGUAAUAAUAUAGAUUGCACUGGGUUCUCCGCAUGGGAUAUCAAGCAAUACUCAUCUGUCACUAUCAAUAGCCCUCAUGCAAAUAGUACCAGAUUCAUAACACCCCAAGCAGGCUUAAGUUGCGUAUCAUCCUUGAACUUCACAAUGACUGCAAGAGGCACGUUAGAAGUGAACGUUUAUAUGAUGGCUGCAACGAUACAUAAUCAACUGGACGUAUCAGUAUUUCAGCCCACUGUCGGAGGAACCAAUGAUUUCAUAGGUGGCGUUUCCCUCAAUCAUCAGACAUCUGACUUUGCUCCUGGUUGGCAAACAUUAAACAUAACUCUCGGUGGAUCUGGCAGAUUUCAAGGCUACGUAACAUUCGUAGCACUCACUCAGUCGGCAGAGCCAAUGACUUACGUAGACUCGUUUCGUUAUAUCGGACCAUCAACGGACAGGGAUUCAUGCGUAAUAUAUCAAUAAGAUAAACCGCCUCCUAAAACUGAAACCGAGCAUCGAAGCGACAACUACAACUGCCGCCGAAGCACAUACUAUAACUACGAAAGAAGCAACUACUAUAGCUAUAACGCAGAAGCACAUAGGUAGCACAGAAGUAUUUACUAACACUAACCAUCGCGACGCGCGAAACUCAUGCUACAACUACUACCUACCUGCAACAAAAUAUACCACCGAAGCACGUAGCAUUACCAACGAAGCGACUACAAUAAUUAUAGCCCAAGCAAGUGGGUACUAAAACUACCAUUUAAGUACUUGUUUUACUAAA